GAAAUUGCAUCUACCUGCAUCGAUCGCUGCGCGGUGCUGCAACUGAUUGUGCUCUGGCGCAUUCCUGUGCUCGAUAGAAUUAAAUUUCUGCUGAAUCGGAUUUUUUUUUUGAUCUGAAGCAUCAUCUCACCAAUGGAAAUGGACUCGAAAAAGAACAAAACCCCCAAAAAGAAACGCUCGCCGUUGGUCGGUUCGUUGCGCCGACAGCGGGACGAGUUGAAAUCGGAAUGGAUGCGGCUGGAGGGCGAUCGCAUCCAGCUGGCCGUCCGGCACACCGAUCUGCUCAGCCAAUGGAAUUCGAUCUCCGGCUCGUUUGUCGAUGCCACCCGCGAACGGGACGAAACGAUCGAACGAUUGCUACGGGAAGCCGGAUUCCCUACGCUCUCGCCCGGUAAGCUGAACAACGAGAAAGAACUGCGGCAGUUGGCAUUUGAAACGGCCGAGAAGGCCGUACAGACGGAGCUUUGGUGAUUCGAUUGGGUCGGAAAUUAGCGGUGUAUCUCUCUUAUCUUGGUUUAUUAAUGAAU